UAAAACGGUGGACAACGCAUAGAGCGUAGUUAAUAUAGAUCAGUUUAUGAGUCAGUUUAAUCAGCGAACUUGGGACUUCACAAAUAAUAAGCUAACAUGGCCGAGAACGAUUUAUCUGAUGACGAUUGGUUUAAUCAGGAUGAGGAUGAACUGGUCAAUAAAAUAAACACAAAAACAAAAGAGGAGAAUGAAAAUAAGGUUGAACAUAUAACGAUUGCGAACACUGUCUCUGAUUACAGUAAACAGUGCCAAUUAAAUGCCUCCGUUAACGAAUCUCAUAACAAAAAACAUUCCAAAAAAAUUGCUACUAGUGAUUUGCGAAAAACGGCAAAUUUAACCGAUCAUGAGGCAUUUUUAUAUGCAUUUACUUGUGAACCAAGUUUUUUCAUAGAUCAAAUUACUCCGAAUGAUUCAUUGGAAAGAGCGGUAUUAUAUUUACGUAUUGUUGGUAAAAUAUGUAGUUUGGAGUUAUUAGAUUUUCAAAGCGACCUAUUGGGAAGUGUAAUGAAUGAUACUGUGUUCUUGGAACAUUUACGUAUUAUUGCGACAAAAUUAUUUACGCGGAAGUACAUUUCGAUGUGGAAAGAUGAAAUUUAUGUUGAUCAAAUCUUAAGUGAUUUACAGAAAAUUUACUUGCAAUCUUUUCUAACUGGUGUCAUAUUUAAAUCUGUAAAAGCAGUGCAGGUAAAAAACGAAAUCAUAAAAUCUAUAUCUGUCAGUGAUUCUGCUGACAUUGUAAAACGCACUACUUGCAUCGAACUUGCAAGCACAUUAAAAUUUUUGCAAGAAAAUUUAAGUGAAAAUGACUGCUCAGACGAUAGCGAGAAAAUGUCAACUUCUGAGAUUUACCCCACACUUGAAGAGAUUCUAUCUGAAAACAAAGAAAUUAAUGACAAAGCUGAAUUAUGUUCCGAGGAAUUGGUAAAUUUAGAAGAACAAAAUAUAAAAAACAAUACUUGUACUACGCAAUUGAAAGAAGAAUCCUGUAAAAAUGUUUGUAAUUAUGUUGAUGAACAGAAACAACUUUUACGUACUGAUUUCUUACGAACACUACAUGUCGCCGUUAAACAAUUGCAGGCUACCAAUACUGUUCCUGCUCCGUCAGUUUUAUUUGAUGACGUCUGCAUUGUACUUAAUACAGAGUUUUUAGAGUUUUCUGAUCAAGAAUUGACUUUUGCCGAUAUUCUUGGUAGUCAGCGGAAAGAAAAAAAUGGUAGAAAGCUAUUAAAAUCGAUUAAAAGCCAGAACGCACUACAAAAUUUAAAGACUGGGUCUCUACUUUGUUUCACAGCAAGUAAUCAAUUCGAGAACUUAGUAUUAGCAACAGUGGCGAAUAUUGAUAAAAAGUUUAUAAAUAAUGGCUUUGUGUCUAUUGAAAUUGUGCGUCAGUAUAAUAUUGGUAAUAUAUACCAAAAGAAAUUUCUUAUGUUUGAAGCUCCAACAUUUUUUGAACCCUAUUACAAUGUAUACAACUUUUUUAAAAAAUCUAAUUUAAAUAAUUUUGGAAUGAAAAAUUAUAUUAUUGAUGGUGAGAUACAACCAAAAACUCCAGUUUACUUAAACGGAGCAACAUUAAAAUCAUUAAAAAAUAUACCGAGUAGUUCAGUAUCAUUAAAUACCGCGCAGCGAGACGCGCUUACAAGUGUUUUAACGCAAGAAUUUAGUUUAAUCCAAGGACCUCCUGGCACUGGUAAAACUUAUCUAUCACUGCAUUUAGUAUUGACUCUUAUUCAAAAUUCUGCUAAGCCUGUUGUAGUCAUUACUUACACAAAUGAAUCUUUAGACAAAUUUUUACUAAAGCUUUCUACACACACUAAAAAUAUAGUUCGUUUCGGCAGUCAAACCCGAUUACCGGAAAUUGAUAAAUACAAUAUACGGAAUUAUACCACCGAUAACUUUGAGUUUAAUCCGCAAUUAAAACGCUUACACUAUGUAACGAAAAUGGAAUUUAAGGAGAAAUUUCAUAUCCUACAGAAAAGUUAUAUCGAAUUUGAUGGGACUGAUGAAAGUUACUAUCAAAUAUUGAAGGCACAAGAUGAGCUACAUUCCGUCAAACGAAAAUUACAAACCAUCAGAAUUAUGUUUCAUUAUUAUGUAGCAAAAGACAAAUCUGUUAUUGCAAUGACAACCACAUGUGCAGCGAGAAUUAACUUCCUCUUCCGCUUGUUAAAAUGUGAAGUUGUUAUAUUUGAAGAGGCAGCCGAAAUUUUGGAAUCUCAUGUGGUAGCUUGCCUGACACCAUAUACAAAACAUGUUAUUAUGAUUGGAGACCAUAUGCAGUUAAAACCUUUUAUCUCAAAUCAUUCUCGAUGCAUAUCAUUAUUUGAACGUUUAAUUAAAAAUAAUUUUCAGUAUUCCAUACUUACAACCCAAUAUCGCAUGCGUCCAAUUAUAGCCGAUCUACUGCAACCUGUAAUUUACAAAAAUCUUGAAAAUGCAAAAGUAGUUCAAAAUUUAGAAGACAUAAGAAAAAUGAAAAAGAAUUUAUAUUUUCUCGAUCACGAUCACGCUGAAAGCAAGCCAGAGUCGAAUUGGGAGAGCUCGCUAUGUAAUGAAUUUGAAGUAAGAAAAUUAUACAAAUUAGCUAAUUAUUUGGUAAAUGAGUCAAAAUAUACGUGUGAGGACAUUGUGAUUUUAAGCCCCUACACUAAACAAGUUGAUCUAAUAAAAGCUAAGUUAAAUAGCACACAGCAGCUCUGCAAUAUAAGGACUCGAACUGUAGAUAGUUUCCAAGGACUUGAGGCUAAUAUUGUGUUACUCUCACUUGUACGGAAUAAUCGUAAUAAUAACAUCGGUUUCCUAACACAGCCAAAUCGCAUAUGUGUGGCGUUAUCGCGAGCAAAGUACGGAAUGUAUAUUAUAGGGAAUGCAACCUUGUUAGCAAAGUGUAGUACCACAUGGAAGUCUAUUUGUAACAAGUUACAAACCAAUGAAUCCCUUGGAACUGAGUUUCCAUAUGAAUAAAAUCUAUAUAUCGCUGUAACAUAUAUAUAUGCAAAAAUAUACAAUAUUAUUU